AUGAGCUCGCGAACGACAACGGCGAGAUUCCCUGAGUAUUCAUCUGCUGCGAUCUACCAUACCAAAGUCCACAACAGACACCUCACAGAAGUCGAUCUGUAUAACAACUAUGACACUUUAGAGCGAGAAGCUGGCGUUGUAAUCCCAGAUUUCUACCAACUUUCCUCCUCGCCCACGGCCCCUCUGACGCUACCAUGGACGCCUCGUCCCAAAAGUGCCGUCAUUGAUCUAAGAACACCAUCUGAGUUCGCAAUCUCCCACCUCCCUGGUGCGGUCAAUAUCCCUAUCUCAACUCUCACGCCAGAUAGUCCUUCACCAUUCACUGAUUCUCAGUUGUUCGCCGCGCAAUGGAGAGAGCUGGAGGUACUCUUCGGCGGCGGUACUCUCGAGACAGCAUCACCCUUGGCUGAGAAGUUCUUCCCAAUGGAAAGAGUCCUGGUGGUCUGUAAUGAUGGCGACACAGCCCGAGUUGCAGGAAGCAUUCUUGGCGCCAAAGGAGCUAAGACUGAGUGUGUGAGCGGAGGCUUGACAGCGAUUGACAAAUGGAUCUAUGGAGACGUUAAAAAUCGCACUUUAGGAGAGCUGAAGAUACCCGAUUUGCCUGAUGAGAUUGCUGCUGUACCUGAGGUCAAUGAAACGAAGCUUCCAAAUGGACAUGGGCCAGUUGGAGAAGAAGUUAAAACCGCGACGAAAGUCGAUGCUGAAGCAAGGGUCGGGAUCAGGGAGAUAAGGACUAAUAGAGAUGAUCUAGUUGUGGUAUAA